AUGCGUGAGGCCAUUUGCAUUCACAUUGGCCAGGCGGGGCUGCCUAGCUUGGUGCGGUGCUAUGGCGGUGUGCAGAUCGGAAAUGCCUGCUGGGAGCUCUUCUGCCUCGAGCACGGAAUCCAGCCCGAUGGCCAGAUGCCCUCGGACAAGACCAUCGGAGGUGGCGACGACGCCUUCAACACCUUCUUCAGUGAGACCGGUGCGGGCAAGCAUGUCCCUCGUUGCGUCAUGGUCGACGGGGCCUCAGUUGAACUGAUACUGAUCAUGAAGCCGGUGUCAAAAGGCGGUGACUUGCAGGAUCUCGAGCCUACGGUCGUGGAUGAGGUGCGCACAGGCACGUACCGCCAGCUGUUCCAUCCGGAGCAGCUGAUCUCUGGCAAGGAAGAUGCUGCAAAUAAUUUCGCACGUGGCCACUACACCAUUGGGAAAGAGAUCGUCGACUUGGUUCUCGACAGGAUCCGCAAGUUGGCCGACAACUGCACUGGUUUGCAGGGCUUCUGCGUCUACAACGCUUGCGGAGGCGGAACCGGCUCCGGCUUGGGCUGCCUCAUGCUCGAGCGCCUGUCCGUGGACUACGGGAAGAAGAGCAAGAUCUCCUUCACGGUCUGGUGCUGCCCUCAGGUGGCAACGGCAGUGGUCGAGCCCUACAACACCGUCUUGUGUGUCCACUCCCUGCUAGAGCACACGGACGUCACCAUCAUGUACGACAACGAGGCGCUCUACGACAUCUGCCGCAGGAACCUGGACAUCGAGCGUCCCACGUACACCAACCUCAACCGCCUCAUCGCUCAGAUCAUCUCGAGCUUGACAGCGUCCCUGCGCUUCGAUGGAGCCUUGAACGUGGACAUCACGGAGUUCCAGACGAACCUGGUGCCCUACCCGCGUAUUCACUUCAUGCUCACUUCCUACGCCCCGGUCAUCUCCGCCGAGAAGGCCUACCAUGAGCAGCUGUCUGUGGCUGAGAUCACCAUGUCCGUCUUCGAGCCCGCUUCUAUGAUGGUGAAGUGCGAUCCUCGUCACGGAAAGUACAUGGCCUGCUGCAUGAUGUACCGUGGCGACGUGGUGCCCAAGGAUGUGAAUGCAGCCGUGGCCACCAUCAAGACGAAGCGCACCAUCCAGUUCGUGGACUGGUGCCCCACCGGCUUCAAGUGUGGCAUCAACUACCAGCCGCCCACUGUCGUGCCAGGUGGCGACUUGGCCAAGGUCAUGCGUGCUUGCUGCAUGAUCUCCAACUCGACGGCCAUUGCCGAAGUCUUCUCGCGCAUCGACCACAAGUUCGACCUCAUGUACUCGAAGCGCGCCUUCGUUCACCACUACGUUGGCGAAGGUAUGGAGGAAGGCGAGUUCUCUGAGGCUCGCGAAGACCUGGCGGCCUUGGAGAAGGACUACGAGGAGGUGGGCAUCGAGACCGCGGAGGGAGAAGGUGAAGAAGAGGGUCCCUGGGCAAACGCUGGUGCAGGAGAUCUGGGGGCUUCCGAGGGCGGCGUGCAGAUCGGAAAUGCCUGCUGGGAGCUCUUCUGCCUCGAGCACGGAAUCCAGCCCGAUGGCCAGAUGCCCUCGGACAAGACCAUCGGAGGUGGCGACGACGCCUUCAACACCUUCUUCAGUGAGACUGGUGCAGGCAAGCAUGUCCCUCGUUGCGUCAUGGUCGAUCUCGAGCCUACGGUCGUGGAUGAGGUGCGCACAGGCACGUACCGCCAGCUGUUCCAUCCGGAGCAGCUGAUCUCUGGCAAGGAAGAUGCUGCAAAUAAUUUCGCACGUGGCCACUACACCAUUGGGAAAGAGAUCGUCGAUUUGGUUCUCGACAGGAUCCGCAAGUUGGCCGACAACUGCACUGGUUUGCAGGGCUUCUGCGUCUACAACGCUUGCGGAGGCGGAACCGGCUCUGGCUUGGGCUGCCUCAUGCUCGAGCGCCUGUCUGUGGACUACGGGAAGAAGAGCAAGAUCUCCUUCACGGUCUGGUGCUGCCCUCAGGUGGCAACAGCAGUGGUCGAGCCCUACAACACCGUCUUGUGUGUUCACUCCCUGUUGGAGCACACGGACGUCACCAUCAUGUACGACAACGAGGCUCCGGCGCAGGUUCCGGAGCAGGUUCCGGAGCGGGCUUUCGAAGCGGGUUACGGUAUCCAGCAGAAUGAUCUGCGUGCUGAGCUUGAGAUUCCGGCUGCCCUGUCGGUUACUGUAAUCCUUGCCGCGUCGCUGCAGAUCGUUAGCUAUGUGGACUUGCCUCACCGCCAGAACACGCUUGGGAGGGACGGUAGAACUGUGACAACACCGUCCAGCGCCUAUUUUGUGCACCGUCCAGCCAUCAAUGAUGCUGUGGAGAAGGCGGCUAAGGCCUCGAAGGAUAAGAACGAGCCGUUUUCGCAGCGUGAGCUGAAGCGAAAGCCGCUCUCACACAGCUGGUGGAAGUGGUGCCCAGUCUCGGGCGACGGACCAGAGCCCCUGCGAGAUCAUAAUUGCCAGCGCCGAAGAGGGCCAACGUUUGCGGACCUCCUUGUUUGGGAUCAGCCGGCGCGCGUGAGUCAACUAGUCGUGGGGUGGCGCUCAAGAGCUGGGAGGAGAUGCCCCAUCGCCCCAGUCGUCGGGUGUGAGAGCUUAUUGGUGGGCGGCGAGGGAGGCGCGUCGCAGAACCUGGACAUCGAGCGUCCCACGUACACCAACCUCAACCGCCUCAUCGCUCAGAUCAUCUCGAGCUUGACGGCGUCCCUGCGCUUCGAUGGAGCCUUGAAUGUGGACAUCACGGAGUUCCAGACGAACCUGGUGCCCUACCCUCGUAUUCACUUCAUGCUCACUUCCUACGCCCCGGUCAUCUCCGCCGAGAAGGCCUACCAUGAGCAGCUGUCUGUGGCUGAGAUCACCAUGUCCGUCUUCGAGCCCGCUUCUAUGAUGGUGAAGUGCGAUCCUCGUCACGGAAAGUACAUGGCCUGCUGCAUGAUGUACCGUGGCGACGUGGUGCCCAAGGAUGUGAACGCAGCCGUGGCCACCAUCAAGACGAAGCGCACCAUCCAGUUCGUGGACUGGUGCCCCACCGGCUUCAAGUGUGGCAUCAACUACCAGCCGCCCACUGUCGUGCCAGGUGGCGACUUGGCCAAGGUCAUGCGUGCUUGCUGCAUGAUCUCCAACUCGACGGCCAUUGCCGAAGUCUUCUCGCGCAUCGACCACAAGUUCGACCUCAUGUACUCGAAGCGCGCCUUCGUUCACCACUACGUCGGUGAAGGUAUGGAGGAAGGCGAGUUCUCUGAGGCUCGCGAAGACCUGGCGGCCUUGGAGAAGGACUACGAGGAGGUGGGCAUCGAGACCGCGGAGGGAGAAGGUGAAGAAGAGGGCUACGGCGACGAGUUCUGA